GUGAAGACGUGUUAUUAUUCGUUUUAAAACGUCAUUUUGUAAUAAUAUUUUUGCAAUUUGAAGAGAAAAAUAGUAAUAAUAGGCAAUGGAAAAAAUAGAAAAGUCAAAAGUGGACUCUGAAUACCUAAUACUAACUAUAAAAAGGCAUGAAUGUAUAUGGAAUAGAAACAGCGCAGAAUACCACAUGAAAGGUAUGAAAGAAGAAGCAUGGAACCAGAUAUGUGAGGAGUUGAUACCAGGUUGGCAGGAUUCGUCAGAGCUGGUGAAACAUUCUAAACAAUAUGAAUUAAAAAGGCGAUGGCACAACAUUCGCGACUACUACAAGAAGGACUUAGCACUCCAGCUCAGUGGCGCCAUCGGGCAGACGAAGAGGAAACGAUACGUCUUCUCCGCGAAUCUGGACUUUCUUAGGCCGCUUAUGGAUCAAUCUCUAAGCAUUGAAAAACAAGAACAGGAAGAGCCAGAAGAAGAAGUAUAUCUAGAAGAACAUCUAUACAUCUCAGAUGAAGAAACACCAUUAAAAAGAAAAGACGCUAGACAAAGCGAAACCGUAGAAGACAGUAAACAUUAUUCUAUAUCUAAAAGUGUAGAUCUUCUAGAAGAUGAUAGCGACUGGCUGUUUUUAAGAAGUUUAUUAGCAGAUAUGAAAGAUAUGAAUAGGGCACAGAAGUUGGAGUUUAAAAUGGGGAUUUUGAAGCUGUAUAAAAAUAUUUUGUGUGAUAAAGAUGGAUAUGGAGUUGAUAGUAAAGUAAAUAUUGAUUUUGUAUAAU